CCUGGCGCUUUCUCCGCCUCCAAGGCGUUUGCCGGCCACGGGGACGGCCGAGUGGCCCAUCGGCCCAGGCGGAGAAUGCUGUCAGCCAAGCUGACCGCCCAGCGGGGCACUUUUCUUCAGAACAAUUUGCAAUCCCGUCACAUCCGCUGGGAAGUUACUCGGCGAGUGUCUGGAAAAGAAGACGGCGCCCCCCGCAGUGGUAACCAAAGUCCUGAGACGCUUUGAGCUCCGGGAAAAAACUUUCUUUCUCGGGGCGGUCAAGAGAGCUCUUCUCAGGUUGGACAUGCGGGAAGAAGCACCAUGAAGCUGGGCUGCCCAGGCGCCUUCCUCGCCUCUCACCGUCGCGGCCGCUUUGAGAAGCAGCGCAAGGGAAGGCUUUAGCUCCCUCUUCUCUAACUGCCUCGGGUUGCGGCGACCGGGGGGAUGUCGCGGACGGCUGCCUGUGUCGUGCUGUUGCUCCUGCUAGCAGUGGCGGAGCGGGGCCGGGCUAGUUUCGCUUUCCGCCUCCAAGUAUCUUCUCCGGUGACCCCCGAGAGCAACCUGGUUCCCACGCCCGUGUUGCUAAAGUCUCGGAGCAACGGCGGAGCCGGCAGCCAGCCGGCGCUCCCAGAAGCCUCGGGCUUGGCCUUAGCGUCGGAUCCCGGCGGCUCCCUCAACUUUCUGGCCAUGGUGGACAAUCUGCAGGGAGACUCGGGACGCGGCUACUAUUUCGAGCUGCUCCUCGGCACCCCGCCGCAAAAGCUAAAUAUUCUAGUUGACACUGGAAGCAGCAAUUUUGCAGUUUCAGGUGCACCAAAUACAGAUCUGACAUCAUACUUUGACACAGAAAGGUCCAGCACAUAUAAAUCACUAAAUGUUGAGGUUACUGUUAAAUAUACCCAAGGAAGCUGGAUUGGAGUUCUUGGAACAGAUGUCAUUAGAAUGCCUAAAGGAAUAAAUGGCACUUAUAUCAUCAACAUUGCCACCAUUUUUCAAUCUGAAAAUUUCUUUUUAAAAGGCAUUCAAUGGCAAGGGAUCCUUGGUUUGGCAUACAGUACAUUGGCUAAGCCGUCAAGUUCUGUGGAGACUUUUUUUGAUUCUAUUGUGAAUCAAGCCAAGAUCCCCAAUGUUUUUUCCCUGCAGAUGUGUGGACCUAGUAUGCCUGUUUCUGGAACUGGUACUAAUGGAGGUAGUCUUGUAUUGGGUGGGAUUGAACCAAGCCUAUACAAGGGGAAAAUUUGGUAUACACCUAUUAAAAAAGAAUGGUAUUAUCAAGUUGAAAUACUGAAAUUUGAAGUUGGGGGCCAGAACCUUAAUUUGGACUGCAAAGAGUACAAUUCAGACAAAGCAAUUGUGGACAGUGGAACAACUCUCUUGCGGCUGCCAGAAAAAGUCUUUAGUGCUGUUGUGGAAGCCAUUACACAGACUUCUUUGAUCCAAGAAUUCACACCUGGAUUUUGGAGUGGCACACAGCUUGCCUGCUGGGAUAAAAGUGAAAAUCCUUGGGCCCUCUUUCCCAAGAUCUCUAUCUAUCUGAGAGAUGUUAAUUCCAGCCAGUCCUUUCGAAUCACUAUCCUUCCACAGCUUUACAUUCAGCCGAUUCUAGGGAUAGGGCAGAAUCUAGACUGCUAUCGGUUUGGUAUCUCCUCUUCCUCCAGUGCCUUGGUUAUUGGGGCUACAGUGAUGGAAGGAUUCUAUGUCAUCUUUGAUAGAGCCCAAAAGAGAGUGGGAUUUGCAUUAAGUACUUGUGCUGAACUGCAUGGUUCUCCAGUAUCUGAGAUUGAAGGCCCGUUUACUACCACAGAUGUAGCAGGCACUUGUGUAUCAACCAAAUCUCUCCAUGAACCAAUCUUGUGGAUUGUGUCUUACACACUUAUGAGUUUCUGUGGACUUGUACUUCUCAUACUCAUCAUCUUGCUGCUUAUUCCAUCACGCUGUCGUCAUCGUUAUGCUGACUGCGACACUGUAAACGAUGAAUCAUCCUUAGUACGGCAUAGAUGGAAAUGAAGAAUUUGAUCAACUUGUGAAGAAUCCUUAUGUAUUCUGAUAGGGAGUGAAGAAUGACUCUCCAUUUUUUUACCCUGAGGUUCUUAAGAUGUGUUAAGACUACAGCCUGUAUUUCUAAAUCAGCAUGAUUAUAUAAGCUGAGAAUUAUAGGUGGUGUAGUUGAACAGACUUGCAGGGCACAAGGUUAGGGUAUUUUAGCCAAAGAUUAAAAUCUGAGCUUCACUCUGUACAAAUACUGUGGUCUAUCACCAAAUCACCUUCCAAUUCUCCUUUAACAUAAAUUUAAUACUUCAACAAUUAAUUAUUUCAGUUAUGUUAAUAUAUAGCCAUUUCAAAUGCUACUCUAUUGCUUGCUUCAUAUACACAGUUGCCCCUAGUACACUUCUUUUUUUAAAAAAAAGCUAAAACUUUGUUUUAUAGUUCCAAAAAGAUUGUCAUUUCUACAAAACAACAACCUACAAAAUAUUCUUUUGAGAUAAGCCAUUCAUCAGACUUGCCAUAAAGAACAGAAAUAUUUCUUCUUCGUUGAUGUUUUUUUCAUUAAAAAUAUAUGUUCCUUGGUGAAUCAUGACUUCAUCAGUAACUGGCAGAAAGAUAGAUUGAUAAUUAAAAGGAGGAAAAUAAGACUUUUUUUUUUUAAAAAAAGAAAAAGAUGAGGGUUUUUUCCUCUUUGGAAAAUGAUCUAUUUCUUUUAAUGGUUUACUCUGUGAUUCUUUAAAAAGGUUAAGCAGUGGAAAACACAGAAAUCAAACCCAUUAUGUAAUUUGUAUGAAACUAGUAUGAAACAAGACUGCCUCUCUUCAGGGAUUUAUCAGUAAGACAUAGGUAGAUAUGCUUGACGUAGAUGCCGAUCGCCUUCCCCCUCCAUUCAGCACAACUGGAACAUCCCUUUAAAGCUUCUCUCUCUCCCUCUUUCUCUUUUUCCCACACACACACUCCCAGUUCAUGACAUUUUAACAUUUACAACUUUACUACGCACACAAAUAUCUUGGUUUUCUAAAUUCAUGCAUAAAUGAUCUUUGAAAGGGUUCUUUGAGUCUUUGUGCACAUAUCCUGCAGAAACAGCAUAGAUAUAAAGCAAAGUCUCUCUCUCUCUCUCUCUCUCUCUCCCUCCCUCCCUCCCUCCCUCCCUCCCUCACCCUCUCUCCAUUUGUGGAGACUCUAAUGACUAGAAAUCAAAUUUGUAACAAUGCAGGGGAAUUUCUUCAGUUAAAUGACUUACUCAACUGUGACCUGACUGAGAAAGGUGAAGACCCAUAAAUGAUCAGAUGUUUAAUUACUUUACUUAACAAUAACAAUGUUUAUUGAUCUCCAUUUCAAUAUAGCAAACACAAUGCUAGCGGGAGCUUAUUCACAUAUUUUGUCUAUGUUAACUUGCCUUUUCCUUUGCCGAUGCACUUGUGCCAAAGGUCUUCACAAUAUGAGAACAUGCAUUUAAAACAAUAUCCAUCACUAUGAUUCUUAACUAAAAAAAACCUGUAAUACUAAAAAAAAAACUUAUUGUGGUUAUAGUGUUAUUUUCACAUAUUUUGUAAUUAUUUUUUAAAAUUAUACUAAGUUGCAGAGUCUGAUCACAGGGUAAGGAUUAAGCCAUUAUCUCCAUGAGGAACACAAAACCUUUUACUAGUUGUGCUGAUGUUGAAAGAAAAAUUAUUGCAAUGGCAAAUGUAUUAUUCUCAGAUUACUUUUGAACUUUUGGAGUCCUUUUAUUGGUGCCAUAUUCGCCCUGUUUUGGAAUAUCAUUUUUGGGUUUGAAUGGCAUAAAUGCAAAUUCUUGAAAAAUUAAGCAAUAAUUGAUUCAUUAAGAAAGAGAAAACUUUGUUGCUGAAAUAUGGCUAACAAAAUUUGUAUUUUCUGACAUUUGCUUGCAUUGUUGUUUCAACACAUCCAUCUACUGUAAACUGAGAAGACAGAUGGCAGCUUGAUGAGUGUCACAAUAGAUGCUGGGCAAUAGUGGCCAAGGACCAUUUUUAACCUCAAAACACAAUGUGCAAGCUUAGCAUGGAAGAUGAAAAGUCAUAAAUUUUCAAACAUUUCAACUGACAUUUUCUCUAUCAUAAAGGUUAUUUAUACCUAUAAUUAAAUUGAAAUAAACUUUUAUGUAAAAAAUUUC